AUGGAGGUCUCGACCUUCUUCACGCGCCUCCUUCAGGCGCCCAAGCCGGCGGCUGGGCCACGCCCCGACGCUCUUCCCGCCUUUGACGCUGCGUGGUCCGCCGUCCUCACGACCCUGACAGCACCAGACGAACGGCAACUCGCUAGGGGGAUCGCGUACUCGCCAGUUCCGAGGGCGCUCAAACACAUCACGGACGCGCUGGUGUACGAGAGUAAUCGGACGGACGAGGAUACGACUGGCGCCUGUCUCGAAUACUUUCUCAGGCAUGACAUGUUGGCAGCGCUCGAGAGGUUGUGUGAGCGCGACAGGCCGAGGGGUGUGAAGGCUGAGGUCCUCCGCAUGGUCAACAACCUCGUCGUCCUCAUGCCCGAACGCUUCCUCGUCCACAACGCCGUGCAUCGUCCUCUUCGGAGGUUGCUGCGUUCGUGUGUCGGCGAGCCUGAGACGCUCGAUGGCGCGGCGAGGGCUUUUGGGGCGGCUGCUGUUGACGACGACCCGGCGUACCUCGAUGACGACCUUGUCGACCUCAUGUGUAUCCUGUGUUCCCGCAUGAGGGCUUACCCCCCCCUGCUCCUCAUUUUCUUCCACGACCGCGGGUGGCUCAUCCCACACCACUCGUCCGGCGCUCCCUCGCCAGCGGCCUUCCGUGCUCCCUUACCGUCUUCCCCACCCCAAGUCCGCGCCACGCUCCCUUCGACUCCACCGCGUUCCUCCUCCCUCUCACCGCAUCUCUCCUCCCGCGCCCUCUCGCCAACCCCGCUCUCUCCACCUCAGAUCUCGCGCGCCCUCUCUCCACCCCUCGCACGCAUAUCUACGCCCUCAGGCCGCGCAACUCCCGGUCUUUACCCCGAACUCGCGUCUGAUGCAGCGUCUGCCGCCAGUGCGAGUCGGCGUGAGACCGACGCCACACACUUCGAGUACCUCCUCUUCUCGUACCUGUUGCGCUUCGUGCACCGCGAAGGGAGGAUCGGCGACUUUGCACGCGCUGGCAUCCUGUUCCUCUUUGACAUUGCGUUUUUAUCGCGCGAUGAUGAGGGUGGGGACACGUUAGCCGGAACACCUGGGCCAGAUGGCAGCGAUCCGUUACAGGACGCGCGAGAUGCGCUCGCAGAAUAUAUCCUCGACGGGGACUUUGCCGACGUCAUGGCUGCGGGGCUGGGUGCGACGUACUCACUCUUGCCGAGCAAGCUGCGUGUACCGACUCUCGCGGAGCAGGGCGACGAAGAUGCGGCCUUGAACGGCGGCAUGAUCCUCGGCACCAAGGCCGACGAGGAUAUCGACGACGACCUCCUCCUCUCCAACGAUGAGGACGUGCGAGCCCAGCUCGACCUGUUGCUCAAGCUUUUUGGCUUCCUUGGCGAUAUCAUGUAUCGGUGCCGUGCGGCUUCUCUGCGCGCCGACCCGAACGCGCUGACCGUGUCGAUCACUGAGGCCCUCGGCCCGGCCGUGGCUGACGCAACCCUAGACGCGCUGCAAACCGCUUUCGUCGACAACGUCCUCUACCCGUCCAUCCUCGAGUGCAGCAGUACGGACGGCAGCGCUGUCGCCGUGCUUACGUACCUCGACGUCGUCAUCUCUAAUCUUGAGGACGGGCCGGUGCUGCAGCGCAUCCUUAACGUGUUAAUGGACGCGAACGCGGCCGUGCCCGUCUUUGCUUCUCCAAGAAAACGGAGGGCACGCAAGACCGGCGCUAUGGACUUUAUGCCUGCCAUUGUCAAACCAGGGUACUACACCGACGAGCGGUUCACGCUACGCGACCUGAUCCUGGAUAACGUCAAGUCGUGGUGUCCGGCGAGCAAGGCGGCGGCACUGCAUCUCCUGCAGGCCCUGCUGUCUGAUCACUGCCGGUACAUUGCGCCGAGCUUGCUGUCGCUCGUGCGCAUGCCGUCAGCCACUGCGCUCGCGCGCCCGUCCCUCCCUCCUUCUGAACAUUCCUCGCCCACACCCUCCUUCACCGCUACGCUCCCAUCUCCCCUCCCCGCCCCCGUGAACUCAGCGGACGUCCACCUGCAAGAGGACGAGCUGUAUGGCGCCCUCGUACCCCGCCUGGACGACGCGGUGCAGGAGAACACGGAGGCCUCGGGCUUGGGGAGCUACAUCAUGGACGCGCACAACUUUCUCGAGGCGGACGGGUGCUGGCGCGCCUCGCGCGUACCCCUCCAAUUCGUAAGCGACGACGGCAAGCCUGUCCUCAUAAGGGUGGGCGAGUACGACCUCGACCCGUACCAGCACGCUCUGUCUCCCAGCGACCCAAUGGUACAUGCGCUCCUAGACGCCUUAGCGGGAUGGUUCACCCAGCCCGCUGACACCAACAUUGCGCUAACAGGCGCUCUCUCGGCGCUAGUCCGGUGCCCGCACCGCUCGCUGGCCGGGUGGCUGUUGUACGACUGUGACGAGGGCAUGUCGAGUUGUGAAAUAGACGACAGUGCCUCCGAUACGAGUUUCGACGCGGCUCCAAGCCGCGGCUCGUCGCGCGACGAGCCUCGACACCACACCCUACCCGCAUUGUAUCAGGUCCUGAGAGAGCUCGUGCGGCAUUCCGGAAGAUUCCGCGCAGCCGUACCAGGUUUCGACAGACUUCUCUCGGAACGGCGACAGGGACUCUUGUUCGCUGACCACUUAGAGGAGGCGAUGAGCGCCAUGCUCGAGGACGUGGUGACGCCCCCGGCUGCGAGCCCCGGAUUCUUGGGGAUAGGGAGUUUCGGAAGCCCCCUAGGAGACAGGAAGAAGAGCGUAUCGCUCGCCACGUCGCUUCGUUCCUUCUGGAGUCCGAAGAAGAGCCGCCCUACGACGCCGGUGAGCACCCCGCCCUCGGCAUCGCCUCUCCCCUCGAGUCCCCCUCGAGUGCCCCGGCCCACCCUCCCUGCGCUGCCCACCCUCUCGUCCACGCCGCAACGCACCUCCUCACUCCCCCAACACGACACACCCUUCGCGAGCCACUACGCCGCCGCGUCUGUCACUGUUGACGUCGAAUCUGUGGUCCGUCCCGACGGAUGGCGGCGGGCGACCAUACCGGAAGACGACGUCUUUACGGACAAGUUUAGGGAGCCUGACGAGCCCAAGCCCAAGCCCGAACCAGAGUCCAAGCAGAAAAGGACAGUGACAACCCUCUCUGGCGUGCUGGAUAACAUGAUCGUCCUCGAGGAACUAAUCAAGGAACUCGUGGGUGUCAUUGUGUCGCGGCGCGCUCUGGGUAUAGACCAGGUCGGCUUUGUACGACGUUUAUAG